AAGAGCUUCCUAGGGUUAGAGGCAGAUGCUUGGAAUUUAGAGUGGUAGAAAGUGGCUUUAGCAGCAGAGACAGAAGAGGAAAAUGUAGAGAGGAGGGAGUGAAAGGAUGCCAGGUCCGCAGGGAGGCGAGUUUUCCUCCAUUUCCGCUCGGCUGCCCGGAGCCCUGUUCAGGGGCAGAACGACAGAUUUGUACCUUGUCAGCUCGGGGAUUUGAACUUGCAACCUUCCGGUCACUAGUCCAACGCUCUAACCACUAGGCUACCCUGCCGCCCAUGUUACAUUUCCUUGGGAAAAUAAUCAGCCAACUCUUCCUGGAAUCGCUCUGAGCUAUGACAUUGCUAUGCAGGACUCACUCCAAUGUUGCCUUUGUAAUUGUUUCCCAUCUGCAUUCACUUAAGAUACAGCUGUUUGAGCUGGAUACUGUUUGUAAACCUGGAGUGAUUCCUGCUCUGUCAGCUAAUUCGGCCUGAGAUGAUGCUCUGUGUCAUGUCUGUGUUUUCAGGUUUUAAAUGAUUUCUUCAGUAUACCUUGCUGACCAGUAGCUGCUGUAUUUUUUUGUUGUUACACUGUAUGUGGUAAAGGAGAGUUGUAGCUGCUACCAAUCCACCUUGAAGUUUUGGGAGACCCCUGAUCACAUGGAGAGAUGGGGAGCCUCCACUUAUAAAUGGUUGGAUCCCAUUCCUUGGAAAGGCUUUGGAGUUUGGGAAGAAUGCACAUAGAUUUCUGGCAGCGCAUAAGGAGAAACAUGGAGAUGUAUUUACUGUGCUGAUUGCUGGCAAAUACAUGACCUUCAUAAUGAAUCCGUUGCUGUAUCCGUAUGUCAUCAAACAUAAAAAACAGCUGGACUUCCAUGAGUUUUCUGACCAAGUGGCCCCCUUGACGUUCGGCUACCCCCCUGUCGGGAGCGGAAAGUUCCCCGGUAUGAGCGAGCACAUCCAGAGGUCCUUCCACCUUCUACAGGGCGACAACCUCAAUAACCUGACAGAGAGCUUGAUGGGAAAUCUCAUGUUUGUGUUCCGACAAGACUACCUUACUGGGGAGAGCGAGUGGAGGACUGAAAGUGUGUACCAACUCUGCAAUUCAAUCAUGUUUGAGGCUACUUUCCUGACCCUGUUUGGCAAGCCUGCCCAUUCCAGCAGACACAGCGGAAUGGUGACGCUUCGAGAGGACUUUGUCAAGUUCGACACCAUGUUUCCCCUCCUCAUCGCCAGGAUCCCCAUCUCUCUGCUGGGAGGAACCAAGGCCACUCGGGAUAAACUGAUCAACUACUUCCACCCUCAGAGAAUGUCUGGAUGGUCCAACACCUCAGGGUUCAUAAAGGAAAGAGCAGCAGUGCUUGAACAGUAUGACUCCUUGGGAGAUGUCGAUAAAGCAGCUCAUCAUUUUGCCAUUCUAUGGGCGUCGGUGGGAAACACAGUCCCAGCCACCUUCUGGGCCAUGUAUUACCUGCUGACGCACCCAGAGGCCCUUGCAGUCGUGCGUGAGGAGAUCCAUGGUGUCCUGCAGGUCUCAGGAAUAGAAACACACCACAACAGAGACCUCACCUUCACCAGAGAACAGCUGGACAGCCUACUGAAUCUGGAGAGCUCCAUAAAUGAAAGUCUGCGGCUGUCUUCAGCCUCCAUGAACAUCCGCAUGGCCCAGGAGGACUUCAGCUUGCGGCUGGAGGGAGAGCGCUCCAUUGGAGUGAGGAAAGGAGAUCUCAUCUCCCUGUAUCCCCAGAGCAUGCACAUGGACCCCGGGAUCUACGAGAAUCCAGAGAUCUACAAGUUUGACCGAUACAUCGAAAAUGGAAAGGAAAAGACAGACUUCUAUAAGGACGGCCAGAAGCUGAAGUACUACCGGAUGUCUUUCGGCUCGGGCUCCACUAAGUGCCCAGGAAGGCACUUUGCGGUGAAUGAGAUAAAGCAGUUCCUCUCUCUGCUGCUACUCUACUUUGACAUGGAGGUGUUGGAGGGGCAGAAGCCGUGUACCCUGGACCCCAGCCGUGCUGGCCUGGGCAUCCUGCUCCCUACCAGUGAUGUCCAGAUCCGCUACAGGCUACGUCGAUCCUGAGAGGAGGAGGACAUCUGUAUAUGAACAAACACUAGAGGGCUGAGAACUGUGUGGCUAAUGGAUUUCAUUUCUCAUCGGAUGCAUCCCAAAUGGUACCCUAUUUAUUCCCUACAUAGUGCACUACUUUAGACCAGGAACCAUAGGGCUUUUGUCAAAAGUACUGCACUAUAUUGGCAAUAGGGUGCCAUUUGGGACAGACACAUGGAUUAUUAUUCACACAAGUAGCUAUUGACUGAACAGCAAUGCAUUGCUAAUUUGUCAAUGUAUUAUAUUAGGACAGACUCAUAACAGUGGGCAGGAUUGGCGAAUCUGCUAGCUAGGGACCUUUGGCGUUUUAUUCCAUAGGUCAAAAUUAUCCAUUAAUUGUUAACAGUUUUUGCUGUUUAUAACAGAUAGUAUUUUAUUUGAAUACUAAAAAUAUGUUUGUUUAUUAUGCCUUGCAUUAUAAAACCAUAUAUACCAGGGUAUAUAGGGGCCCUAUAUAGGGGCCCUGGAUUAAUGUUGCAAAAUGAAAUAUUAUAUAUUUUUUGAAAUAGGAACUGUCAGGGUCUCAACUUCCUGUUGAGUUAGAAUAUUAGAAUACACAAGGUGCAAUUUCAAAAUGUGUUUGUGCAUCAGCAGUUCACCUCUUAUGUCAGUCACUCAAUUAGCUCAUGUCAGCAAUACAUUUUUUUGAUUGGUAAGUUAGUCUAGCCAGCUAUCUUGACCUGUAGUAAUUGUGGUUGAAUUACCAACCGGGGCCCCCAUUGAUUUUGUUAGUCACACUCGGAUAUCAUAUUAAAAACGGCAAACAUUUCUCUUCACCACAUGACAAAAUGUGUAGAAUUGCAGGAAAAGAACUCAAAUUAUUUUAAAUUUUUUCACUGUCAAAGUUGCCCAUCCCUGAUCUAUACUGUACAACAGUAGUUGAAUCAAAUAGUUGAACUAUGUUACAGGGUAAAAGGACAAUGUGAUAAAAGCUUUAUGUUGUAAAUAUGGUGGUGUCCCUAAAAUAUGACUGAUUUAUUAGUUUCAUUUUUCUAUAACAUUAACCAAAUAACCAACCAUUUUAAGUUAUACAUUCAAAUGUCUUUCCUAUUUCAAGAGUCCUACAGAGUAUUUACAAUUCAUGAAAUAAAUUAAAACUGGACAAAUCAGUUCUGCAUGUGGCAGUAAUUUUAUUCCUUAAAUUUUUACCAAUAGUGACCUAUUCUCUCAAUUGCUCCAGUGAAUCUGCAAGGUUCAUACUCAGAGGAAUUAUUUUGUUUGACCAACUCUCUUGUGUGAGUACAGCGUUCUGAUCGUUGUUUGUCAUUAAUGCUGUCCCUGGUAAUAAAAUGAUUCCAUUCAA